CACUGUGAGCAUCCCAGGUUCCGUGGGCAUCCUUGGGCAAUGUGAGCAUCCUCAGCUCCAUGGGCAUCCUGAGCACCACGGGCAUCCCUGGGCAGUGUGAGCAGCCUCAGCCCCACGGGCAUCCUUGCGUCUGCAGGCAUCCCUCGGCACUGCGGGCAUCCUUGGGCACUUGGGGUGGGCUUGGCCAGAGCCCACUUUGAGAAGCAGCCGCCCUCCAACCUACGGAAAUCCAACUUCUUCCACUUCGUCCUGGCCAUGUACGACCGGCAGGGCCAGCCCGUGGAGAUCGAGCGCACGUCCUUCAUCGACUUCGUGGAGAAGGAGAGGGAGCAGAACGGCGAGAAGACCAACAACGGGAUCCAGUACCGCCUGCAGCUGCUCUACAGCAACGGGCUCCGCACACAGCAGGACCUCUUCGUGCGCCUCGUCGACUCCGUCUCCAAGCAGGCCAUCGUCUACGAGGGGCAGGACAAGAACCCCGAGAUGUGCCGAGUGCUGCUCACCCACGAGAUCAUGUGCAGCCGCUGCUGUGACAAGAAGAGCUGCGGGAACCGCAACGAGACCCCCUCGGACCCCGUCAUCAUCGACCGGUUUUUCCUUAAGUUUUUCCUCAAGUGCAACCAGAACUGCCUGAAGAACGCGGGGAACCCCCGGGACAUGCGGCGCUUCCAGGUGGUGGUGUCGACGACGGUGAGCGUGGACGGGCACGUCCUGGCCGUGUCCGACAACAUGUUCGUGCACAACAACUCCAAGCACGGCCGGCGCGCGCGGCGCCUCGACCCCAGCGAAGCGGCCCCGUGCAUCAAAGCCAUCAGCCCCGGCGAGGGAUGGACCACGGGCGGCGCCACCGUUAUCCUCAUCGGCGAUAACUUCUUCGAUGGCCUCCAGGUGGUGUUCGGCACCGUCCUGGUGUGGAGCGAGCUGAUCACCCCCCACGCGCUGCGGGUGCAGACCCCCCCCCGGCACAUCCCGGGGGUCGUGGAGGUCACUCUCUCCUACAAAUCCAAACAGUUCUGCAAGGGCGCCCCGGGGCGCUUCGUCUACACCGCGCUGAAUGAGCCCACGAUCGACUACGGCUUCCAACGCCUGCACAAGGUGAUCCCGCGGCACCCCGGGGACCCCGAGCGCCUCCCCAAGGAGGUGCUGCUGAAGCGAGCGGCCGACCUGGUGGAGGCUCUGUACGGGCUGCCCCACAGCAACCAGGAUCUGCUGCUGAAGCGCGCGGCCGACGUGGCGGAGGCGCUGUACAGUGUCCCCCGCACGCCCGCGCCCCUCGGCGCCCCCGCGCCCCCCGUCGUGGCCGUGGGCUCCUUCGGCGGCCACCAGCUGGCCACCAGCCUGGGCGACUCGCCGCCCGCCGCCGAGCAAGGCUUCUCCCGCAGCACGGGCAGCGCGUCGCCGCCGCCGCCGCAGGGCUACGGCUACGGGGGGGCCCCCCUGGCCGGGCUGGGGGUGCCGCCGUCCCCCAGCUUCCUCAACGGCUCCACCGCCAACUCGCCCUACGCCAGCCUGCACCAGCCGCCGGUGUCCCCAGAGCCGCUGGCUGUCCCCACGGCGGGGGUCCCCAUGGGCUGUCCCCCCGCAGUGGUGCCCUCCAGCCCCCCGCUGGGCGCCUCGUCCUCGUCGCUGCCCCCCGGCCCCGGCGCCUCGCCCGCCGCCGGCCUCUUCUCCUUCUCGCCCGUCACCAUGAUCUCGGCCGUCAAACAGAAGAGCGCCUUCGCCCCAGUGCUGCGCCCGCAGGGCUCCCCGACACCCGCCUGCGCCACCGCCACCGCCCUGCAAGAUGCAGCUUUUGAGGAUAUGGACAAAUUCCCGGCGCGGCCGCUGCAGGGCCUGGGCUUCUCCUAAGGAACCCAGGGACCCCCCAUGGGGCAGGGACCCCCCCAUAAUGGGACAGGGACCCCCCAUGGUGGGACAGAGACACC